GAAAAAUGUUUACUUGUGAAUGAAGUAAAGAUAAAUUGACGAUGCCAGGUGGAAGUAAAGUGUUUUUGCCGACCCGCAGCUUGGGUUACGUGUCGAAUCACAUCCCGUUGCAAGUUAGAUACAUAAAAAGCAGAAAAGAAAAUUUAAUAGUGACUUGCGUGGGAAAAUCCUUUCAUACCUAUGGAAUUUCGCACUUUGGGUUGUUGAGCGUGAGUGGUUUACACUAUGGGGAUAUAACCUGUAUGACGUCGGAUGCGUUUCACGUUUAUACAGCUUGUAAAAAUAAAAUAUACGCAUGGAGAAGAGGUACGGAGCUAAAACACACAUAUAGUGGCCACAAAAAGCCUGUGCACUUAAUGAUACCUUUCGGAGUGCAUUUAAUAAGCGUAGAUGAAGGUAGUUGCGUUAAAGUAUGGGAUAUAAAGGCGGAAAGUGUCUUUUUGGAGCUGACGUUCAGUAAUAAGGAGUUUCAAAUAACAGCGUUGCUACAUCCUAGCACUUACAUUAAUAAAGUAUUGUUUGCUAGUGAUAGUGGGGGUAUGCAACUAUGGAAUUUAAGUAAAUGCAAGUUGGUGCACAACUUUAAAGGCUGGCAAGGUUCAAUAACAUGUUUAGAGCAAGCACCGGCUCUGGAUGUGGUUGCAGUGGGUUUAAACACGGGCAGAAUAAUUCUACAUAACCUCAAAUACGACGAAACCAUCAUGGAGUUUACUCAGGACUGGGGGCUGGUCACGUCGAUCUCCUUUAGGUCCGACGGUCAGCCGAUUAUGGCAACGGGAAGUGCAACGGGGCACAUUGUUUUUUGGGAUUUGGAAGAGAGGAAGGUUGCCAGUCAGCUGUUGGCAGCGCACGACGGGGCUGUUACGGGGAUGAAAUGUUUGCCGAACGAGCCGUUGAUUUUGACGUCCUCGCCGGAUAAUACUUUAAAGUUGUGGAUUUUUGAUAUGACUGAUGGGGGGGCCAGAUUGUUGAGGAUUAGGGAAGGACACUCAGCCCCACCCUCGUUCGUCCGCUUCCACGGUUCCAACGGCCACAACAUACUGAGCGCGGCCAGCGAUUCAACCUUGCGAAUUUUCAACACGCAAACCGAACAGUUCAACAAAAGCCUGGGCAAAGCCUCGUACAACCGCAAGAUCAGCAAAAAGCGCGGCCGGGCGGUGGAGGACCCCCUCAAAAUGCCCCCCAUAGUGCAGUUCACGUCCGAGACGACCAGAGAAAAGGAGUGGGACAACGUAGCCGCGAUACAUUCCGGGUUGACUGUGGUGACGACGUGGUCUUACGAUAAGGUGAAGAUGGGGGAUUUGAAGCUGAUUCCCGAACGGUUUCAGAGGAAGAACAAGGAAAGCAACUUGGAAGUUGCGGCUACGAGUUUGUGCCUCACGCAUUGUGGGAAUUUCGUGAUUGUUGGGUACAGUACUGGACAUGCGGAUAGGUUCAAUAUGCAGUCUGGUAUCUGGAGGGACAGUUAUGGAGACCCUAAGGCACAUGGUGCCGCAGUUAGAGGUGUAGCAGCUGACGCUCUUAAUCAACUUGUUAUAACUGGGGGCGGUGAUUGUUAUAUUAGGUUUUGGAAGUUCAAGAAUAAAGCGUCGAGCUGCUUGAACUCCAUCCAACUGGAGGAACCGAUAAAAUCCUUCCAAUCGCACAACGAAAGCUCCAUGCUUUCCGUCGCAUUGGAAGACUUCACGGUCUACGUAGUGGACACGGGCACGCGCCAACUGGUCCGCAAGUUCACCGGCCACGCCGGCCAAAUCACCGACAUGGCCUUCAGCCCCGACUCGCGCUGGCUGACCACCUCCUCCAUGGACUGCACCGUCAAAACGUGGGACAUCCCGACCGGGCAACUGAUCGACCACUUCGCGUUCGAUACCCCAUGCGUUUCGCUGAGUUUCUCGCCAACGGGGGAGGCCCUGGUCACCGCCCACGUCGACUACCAAGGCUUGUAUUUGUGGACCAAUAAGGCGCUCUACGCGAAACUAUCGCUGAAGGCCUUGGAUCCCAAAGACGAGGCGCCAUUGGUUGUGUUACCGGAAUGCAAGCAAGAGUUUGACACGGAAACAUUCGAAGAGCAAGACGACGUACCAGAUUUCAUCUCCCCAGAUCAACUCAGUAAACAACUAAUAACCCUAUCAGGUCUGAGCACGUCCAGAUGGCAAAACCUGCUGAACAUCGACAUCAUCAAGCUGAAAAACAAGCCCAAGCAACCCCCCAAGGCCCCCAAAGCCGCCCCCUUCUUCCUCCCGACUAUCUCCUCGCUUAACCUCCAAUUCGACGUCGCGCACCCCGAAGAAAACAACAGCAAACUCCUAACCCCGAAAUCCCUCCUGAACCUCUCGGAGUUCGGGCAAACGCUCCAACGAACCUCCAAAACCUGCGACUUCGCCCCGGUUGUAGCGAAACUCAAAUCGCUCGGCCCCUCGAUGAUCGACUUUGAGGUUAGGUCGCUCUCCCCCGAAGGUGGCGGCUCGAUUGAGGUUAUGUUGCAGUUUUUGAAGUGCGUAGAGCACAUGCUGAAAACGAAUCAGGAUUUCGAGUUGGCUGAAGCCUACUUGGGCGUUUUUUUGAAGUGCCACGGUCAAAUCGUAGCGGCCGAGGAGAAUUUGCGAGGUUAUGUAAAAAAUGUACAGUGCUGUCAUAAUGUGGCCUGGCAGAAAUUGCAGGAGAAGUUGUUGUAUACUGUGUGCGUCAUACAGAAUCUUAAAACCAUGUAAAAUAUAUUUUUUUAUGUU